AUAAUAAAAAAUCAAACAAGUGGAGAAUUGUCAGAUCGGUCGGGUUUGGCUGCUCUCCAAAACCCUAAAGUUGAUUGCUUUCAGGACUCACUCACUCACUCUGUGUUGCCUCAAAACCCUAGUUUUUCUGCAGUCGGCAUUCGUUUCUCCAAUAGAAAUUUUCCGCCACCAUGACUGCAGAUGCUGUGAACCCGAAAGCUUACCCAUUGGCAGAUGCCCAGCUGACAAUUACUAUUCUUGAUUUGGUGCAACAAGGUGCCAACUACAAGCAACUCAAAAAGGGUGCUAAUGAAGCGACUAAGACACUGAACAGAGGUAUUUCUGAGUUUGUUGUGAUGGCAGCUGAUGCAGAGCCUCUUGAAAUCCUUCUUCAUCUCCCACUUCUUGCUGAAGACAAGAAUGUGCCAUAUGUUUUUGUACCAUCGAAGCAAGCUCUUGGUCGAGCAUGUGGGGUAACCAGGCCAGUGAUUGCAUGUUCGGUGACAACCAACGAGGGAAGCCAGUUGAGAGCUCAAAUACUACAAUUGAAGGAUGCGAUUGAGAAGCUCCUGAUCUGAUAGUGUAAAAGGCUAUUCCAGCAUGAUGGGCCUUUGGAUCAAUCAACCACGAGGCUUUGACUGACUCACUUUCUCUGUACUAUCUCUCUAUUACUAGUUUCCUCUGUUUGUAUUGUACUACCUAGACUUGUUUGUUGUUGUCACUUAACUAUGGCGAAAUGUUAAAAACUUUUUUUUUUUUUUUUUUACUUUUUACGAGGACCGUAGUUUUUUUGACAAAGUGGUGUUAUUUUAAUUUUCUUUUGAGUUAUCUUACAAGUCUUCACUUUAACCUCGUUUAAAGCUGUUGAUUGUGUCAAUACACUUGAAAACAUCUAGCUUUGGACUAUGUUUUACUCU